CCCCCUGCUGCGUGACUGGCGGGUCCUUGGGGUUCUUUUCAUGUGAUUCCGACACAUCUGAGCUCUUCUGACUAGCACCUGGUGUCUCAAGGCGAUUUGUGGCAUCUCACUUGCUUACUUUUCCCUCCUUUUUUGUGGUUUCUGUCGGUUUUACGAAUUGUGUGUGUGUGUGUGUGUGUGUGUGUGUGUGUGUGUGUGUGUGUGUGUGUGUGUGUGUGUGUGUGUGUGUGUUUGGAAUUGACACUUUCUAUUGUGAACACGUGGGUCAUAAGUGGAAUUUAUUGACAAGUAAUGGCUACCGUGAUACUGGCGGCUGACAUUUUCUUUCUUUUCUUUUCCUUACAUUCUUUUAUUGCUUCUUUCCCAUUUCUUCUUUUAUAUACAAUUUUCCUUGUUUCUUUCUGUUCAAUAUAUUUAAUUUUCCAUUUCCACAUUCCACUGCAUUUUCAACACUACUCAUUGUUUCCAUCGACAUUUGGUUCUACAGGAAAUACCGUUUUGUGGAAGUAAAAUCCCUGCCUCGGCGUCCCCUCAAUAAAUGGGAUAAAUUCCUCGAGAAGAGGGACUCGAUCCUCUCUGGUCCUUCAUCCCUCAACAGGUCCAUUGUGUGUCACCGUGAAUUGCUGUUCCUCUUGACGCCUCUCGCCCUCUCCAGCCGCCUCUCUGGAUCUCCUCUCGCCCCGCCCUUCCUCUUGAUCCGCCCUUCCACUCUCUGCUUUGUGCCUCGCAAGGAUGGUGGACGGCCAGGGUCUUGUGGAGCACUUUCCCUCACUUGUAGCCGAGGGUUUCUUUUAUUCGUCUCUCACUUGUACGCGUGGGAAGUGCAGCUAAUUGGUCCGACAGAUGUCUUUUUUCUCUCUCUUUAAGUAGAUGAGCAGCCUGAGAGUUCAUUAUAGUGGUGGUCUUGCAUUCAUAAAUGAUUCCAGUUGUAUUUGAUAUUCGGUGUUUAGUGAUUAGAAACCAGUGUGCUGUGUCUGUUUGUUUGUUAUUAAGUAUUGAUUCUGCAAAUGUAAAAUGGAGUUGUGGCUCAUAGUAGUCAAAAAUAAAUUAUCAAAAGAUUCAUUAUUAUUAUUGAAACAAAACGAUCGAUUUUGUUAGUUCAAAUAACACUGCACCUUUAUACAUUCGGAAUUAUACAUCUGUGCUGUUUAACUCUCAUGUGUCACUUAAGUACUGAACGGGUUCGAAACAGACGAAGUGAUACAACUCUUGCCAGCCUGAGGCGGGACGCAGCAGUUACGUGAGAUGUGUGUGUGUGGUGCGCGUGGGUGCUGGAGCGUGUGGUCUCUUUACCACUUCAUCGACGUCAAGCUAAAACGGACUACAGAAGCGUUACCCGAUGCAUGGUACGAACUACUUAAAAGCCUCAGGAGUGUGGCGCCCCUGGGAGGCUGGGAGACUGAGAGGAGAGGAGCGUCAGAGCUGCUGCAGAACACCUGCCUGGCGAUCUAUUUAUCCUUUGAAGCUUCGUCAUAAAAUUAGCAAAUUCCAGACACCAUUCCACGUUGUUGGGCGCCGCAGGACAUCUAAUAGAGGAAGACACCGCCUCAUCUCCAUUUUACUUCAUAUUUCACCACCAAGAACAGAUUAUCAGAUGGGUGAACUACUGCGUCUAGUAAUCCAAGAAGAGGAGUGGGGCGCCUCACCUCUCUUCGCAUCGCCUCGUCUCGCCCGCCCUGACGCAGCGAGAGUCAAGAUGGACAAAUAUUGUGCGCUCAGCAAAACGUUCAGCGGACUUGCCAGGCCGUGAAGGAGACCAGUCGAGGUGAAGAUGCUGGGGAGGGACACGCGCAGGCUGGGACAGGGAGUGGCUGCGUGCUCCCAGGUUCGCUCAGCCUUCAGUCUACACGUCUCAACAACGGCUAGAAAGGUCAAAGUCGGCUCGGCGAGGAACUGGCUUCCCUUUCCUACAGAGUUCUAGAGUAAACAAAGGUACCAGCCCGCCGCCCACGCCUCUUGAGUAUAGUUUGCUGUAACAUUUAAUCAUGAAGGAAGUAAGUAAAUAUAAGUAUGAAAGUAUUUUGUAAGAUUGAUUCUUUAUGUAUUUUAGCCUUGUGAUAUACAACAAUUCACGACACAAGGCAUAAUGUAUGAGUUUUCUCUAUGAGAGUGUAGAAGAAAGUAAAAGGCAUCAGAGGAA